AUGAAAGGUGUUCAUUUCCUUCUUACACUUGCUGUCUUGGCUUUGGCCAGCUCCAUAGCCUCUGCCUCUGACCCAAGCCCUCUCCAAGAUUUUUGUGUUGCAGUAGAUGACCCCCACAAAGCUUUGUUUGUGAAUGGGAAAUUUUGCAAGAAUCCCAUGCUUGCCAAGGCUGAGGAUUUCUUCUUCCCUGGACUUAAUGUUCCAAGAGACACACACAACCCAGUUGGAUCUAAUGUGACACAAUUGAAUGUGGACAAGAUCCGAGGACUCAACACUCUUGGAAUAACAUUGGUUCGCAUUGACUAUGCACCCUAUGGCCAGAACCCACCUCACACUCAUCCUCGUGGCUCUGAAAUCCUAGUUGUUGUCCAGGGAACUCUCUACGUGGGCUUUGUGUCGUCGAACCAAGAUGGAAACCGUCUAUUUACCAAGGUUUUGAAAGAGGGAGAUGUGUUUGUGUUCCCAUUAGGCAUGAUUCACUUCCAGUUUAAUCCAGAACACGCUCCAGCAGUUGCCUUGGCUGGUCUCAGUAGCCAAAAUGCAGGGACCAUCACCAUUGCAAACUCGGUAUUUGGAUCAAAUCCGGCCAUUAACCCUGAUGUCCUUGCCAAAGCUUUCCAAGUUGAUAAGAAUGUGAUUGACAAACUCCAAAAGCAGUUUUGGUAUGACAACGAUAACUAAAUGAGACGGCCGGAUUGCGGAGAAGAUCGGAAUACAUGAAUGAAUAAAUCAUAAUAUGUUUUGUUUUCCACCAUCUUAUUUUUACUUCUUUUUUUUGUUCAAUGCAAUAAUAAAUAGUAUGCUAGCCCGUGUGUGUUUUGCUCCAAUUGAUUGGAAAUGUAUGUUUACUCGCUUUUAAUAAAAUCAUAGUUGAUUAACA